UCCCCAAUUCAGAUCUAGACCAAGUCUUUAAACGACAAAGCGAACGGCUUCAGUGUAACAAUUCAUAUCAAAUCCAUCGAGCUUCGAGACGAAUCUGCUUGUGGGAUCUCAAAGAUCAACUGGAGAGAACUCAACAAUGUCAGGCUUUCACGGGACUCAUGAUUCAUGUCCUUUGGUGAAGAACAUUCUUCUUCUAGACUCUGAAGGGAAGCGUGUGGCUGUCAAGUAUUACUCCGAUGACUGGCCUACUCAUGCUGCCAAGUUGACUUUCGAGAAGUAUGUCUUCUCCAAGACCUCUAAGACCAAUGCUCGCACUGAAGCUGAGAUCACAUUGUUGGACAGUAAUAUCAUUGUCUAUAAGUUCGCCCAGGACCUUCACUUCUUUGUUACUGGAGGCGAAAAUGAAAAUGAGCUCGUCUUGUCUUCGGUUCUUCAAGGCUUUUUCGAUGCUGUUGCGCUUCUUCUGAGGAACAAUGUGGAAAAGAUGGAGGCUCUUGAGAACUUGGAUCUCAUCUUUCUAUGCCUGGAUGAAAUGGUCGAUCAGGGGGUGGUUCUUGAAACAGACCCUAACGUCAUUGCGGGGAAAGUAGCAAUGCAGAGCACAGAAGCUAGUGGUUCACUCUCUGAACAGACAUUAACUCAAGCACUGGCAACAGCUCGGGAACAUCUGGCAAGAAGUCUGCUUACAUAAGUUUCCUCAUAUGCAUUGCAUGCCCACUUCCAACUUCUAUGAAGAGUACCUUUCAUGGGAUUUGUCUCCGGGUUUUAUAAUCUUGUAAUAAUGAUGUGUGCAAAUGCUGGAAUAUUUUUGAAGACCGGAUAUUGCAGUAUGAAGACUUGUUUCUUUACUUAAAAAUAUUUUCUUUACUU